AUGGCGGUCGCCCCGUCAAAGUCGCCAUCCUCCUCAUCCGGGGAGCAACGCCCCGGAGCUCCCCCGCCAGGGGGCCUACCUCUGAGACUUGGACGGGCAAAUCCGACAAGCCAGAGCAAUUUCAUGUUCGUUCACUUGCAGAGCGAUGGAGCCGAAGGAAGUGCGUCGGUUGGCAGGCAGGAGAGGAUAUUUGUUCAAAAAAGAUUCCACCAACAGAAGAAGCAGGCUUCUAUAGAUAGGCUGAGAUCGCGGCUCCCCACAAACCGUGUGGUGUUGCGACAGACUAUGACCAAGGGCAGCGAGGAAAAGGCCCAAGGAAAUGACAUAAAAAAGAAUCCAACGCGUGUUCAAGUGAAGACGGAGAAAGUGGUAUCCUUGACAAUGACCCCAAACCAGCGCUACGGGGACCCCUUUGACACGUUCGCAAUACCGAUGACGGGGAAGCUGUGGAUGUACUUGCAUCAUUAUAGGGUCCGAAUCAUCAACUGCUCGUAUCCGUUCGAUGCGUCGCAUAUGCAGAACUGGUGGGCGCAAAAGGCAAUGACCUCGCCUGCCAUGCUUCAGACUUGCGCGUUUAGGGCCGCGGAAGACAAGGCGCUCGUGGGCACUAUCCAAGGCAUUUCCGCUGACCUUAUCCAGAAGUCGAUGAGAGAUUCCAUAUACUUCCGCAUGAAAGCGAUAAAGGCGCUUAAUGAAUCUUUGCAGGACCCGGCGAAAUCAGCUACGCACCCUACACUCCUCCUUGUAAGCGCACUUGUGGGUAAUGAGGCGAUUGGUGCGAAUUUUGAUGCCCUCUUGGCCCAUAAACAGGGACUGAAAACUCUUGUGUCCAUAAUGGGCGGCCUUGAUGACCUAGAGCACAUGAUGUUGUCCACAGUAUAUCAAGGCGCUCUUAUGCUUGCGGCUCUGCAAAAUACGGAACCCAUCUUUCCGAUGCUGCAAAGGUUCCGAAACGGAAUUUUCCACGUAUCAAACAUAUUCGAGGGAGAAGAACUUCGAUAUGACGAUUACAUGAUCCCCACCACUUUAUUAUCUCUCGGCAUUCGCUUCACCACAUCCCCCUGGCAUACCCAGAUCCAUCCAACGCUGAAAUCCCUACUCGAGGCCUUUCGAAGACUUAUUCGGCAUUUCGAGAUUGGAAUCAUAUUCCCCCAAGUCGUUGCGCCCACAGACAAUGACCUCUUCGUCAUCAUCCAGCAUGAACUGCUGUCCACACAUUACAGCCACAACCACACACCCGGUGAUGAACUCGAAAGCCGCUACCAGCGUCGUCACUGUUUCAACCUGAACGAACCCCUUCGUCUCUCUCUAAUGAUCUACCUGUACACACGUGUCUCCAAGCUCCAAGACCUACCAAUAUUGCGGUACAUGGUUGAGACCUUCAAACAAAGCCUCGAGAUAAGGCUAGCAGAGAUAUCAUCAUCAUCAUCAUCAUCAUCAACCCUUGACGCUACAGCACCAGACCUACUCCUCUGGCUCCUAUUCAUCGGCGGCAUGGCCUCACAGGGAGACAGCUCGCAUGCUUGGUUUGUAAGCCAUCUCGCGCAUGUCGUGCGUUCUCUCGCGCUGGAGGACUGGGCGACGCAGGUGCGGCCCCUCCUCGGCGAGUUCUUCUACACGGACCGGCCGGGGCAAAUGGAUGCGGAGGAUCUUUGGAGUGAAGUGGCGCUUUUGACGAGUGCGUACCGCUACAUAGCACCGAAACCGAGGCUUCUCGUUAUUGAGAUGGACUGA